AUGCAUCUGUUCCUGUCCAACAGAGAACCUUGGAAUGCGACGUACACCAACGAGGAGGGGCAAGCAAUCUACAAGACGUCUACGCCUUGGAGGUCGCUCGGCAAAAGAGUGAUCAUCGACAGGAUCACUCACAACUCAACAAACGUCGAGUUGAAAGAUCACCUAGCGGAGGUGCAGUAUAACCUGUUUACAUCGAGCCGGAUAAAAUACGGAGGGGAGGACUGGAGUACAAGUCGGUAUUUCAGGAACACAGAAGGGCAAGGAGCUCUUGGGAGCGGUAAAAUUUUCACAGCGCCGGACGGGAAGAGGUAUAUAUGGAAGAUGGGAAUUCGAGUGCCCGAGCUCGUCAUGGGCGACGGGAGUAACAGACGAGUUGCCUCGUACCAUCGUCGACGAUAUAACGACCCACAACCCACUUCGCUCGAGAUACUUCCAGAAGGCGAACAUAUGGUCGACCUGAUUUUGGUGACAUUCGUGUAUGUCGAAAAAAUCAGGAAAGAUAGGGAGAACCAGGGGAGAUCCAUGCCAGAAGGUUUGGCUGGUUGA